UAGUUUCAACCUUGGCUUGUCUUCUCUUGGCUUGACUUCAGCCUCCGGUAACCUCUUAUUUAAUCUGACCAGUCUGACCUAGAUAUUGAACUGUAUUAUUUUUGCCUUCUGUUAUUCUUCCGCCACACAAGUGUCAGAUAGUUCAUUACAACUAUAUCUACCUACCUUUACAUAUCCUAUCCACCUAUUUAUCUCCUCUCCCUUUUUAUCUUUUAGGUGUUGUAACUCCUGAAUCUAUAAGGUCGUACUUGAAAACUCAUCUCCCAUCACCAACAUUUGAUAUAGUCAUCUACUUUGGUAGAAAUUAUAUCACGAUGUCGUACAGAGUUGCUGCUCCCGAUGAGUACCUUGCCAUCACUGGCAUGAACAUCAAGAAUGUUCACAUCACCAAAGCUGCAUGGGUGCUACCCUUCCAGAGAUGCACACGCUUCUCGGUUCAACCCCACGAUUAUGCUAUGAACCUUCAGGCCAUGACAAAGGAGAAGCUUCAGUUCCUUCUUCCGGUUAUUUUCACUAUUGGCCCAGAUGUCAACAAUCGAGGAGCCAAUGCGAAAGGCCCUAGGCCCGCCGCAGAUGCCCACGGAGAUCGAACUGGACAUAAUCACAGCAAUGACGAAGACCGUGGUGAUUCUUUAAUGAAGUAUGCCAUGUUAUUGGCCGAUUCCACAGCCAAUAAGCAAGGCACUCAGCACCUCGAAAACAUCGUGAAGGGUAUCAUCGAAGGCGAGACUCGAGUUUUGGUUUCUUCCAUGACUAUGGAAGAAAUAUUCACUGAACGUGAGGAAUUCAAGAGACGGAUCUUCCGUAACAUCCAGGGCGAGCUAGACCAAUUUGGUCUCAAGAUUUAUAAUGCCAACGUCAAGGAAUUAAAGGAUGCUGUCGGCUCCACUUACUUCCAAUCCCUCUCCCAGAAAGCUCAUGAAGGCGCUACCAACCAAGCCCGUAUCGAUGUUGCAGAAGCCCAACUUCGCGGUAAUGUUGGUGAGGCAGAAAGACAUGGUCAGCAGGAACGAUCGAUUGCCAAAAUUAAUGCGGAAACUGCUGUCCAGAAGACGGAUCGUGAUGUUGAGCGAGCUGCUGCCGAGGCCAACCUUGCUACUCAAAAGACAGUUCUUAGCCGAGAUGUUGAAAUCGCAAGGAUUCAGGCUACCCGUGCCACUGAGUCGAGGGAUGAGGAUCUGAAGAAAGAGGUGCAGGUGAAGCGUGCCGCCGCCGAGCUCGAGCGUCUUCGUGCCGUCGAUGUCGUUAAGGCCGCUAUCGCUCGUGAGAGCAAACAACAAGCCGCCGAUGCGAAGGCAUACGAGGUGGAAGCCGAGGCACGUGCCUCGGCUUACAAGACCAAAGUCGACGCCGAGACGCAAGCCGCUGCCGAUUAUAACAGGACUACGAAGAACACCGACGCAUCAGCCUACAAGACCAAGAUGGAUGCUGAGGCUUGGAGUGAUGCGGCGAUUAAGAAUGCCGAAGCUAACUUGCAGAAGAAGCUGAAAGAGGCUGAGGGUAUGAUGGCCAUGGCCAAUGCUUACGCUAGAAUGAGUGAAGCAUUUGGCGGUCCUUCUGGCCUCCUACAAUACAUGAUGAUUGAGAAGGGCACAUACGUUGAGCUUGCUAAGGCCAACGCCACCGCCGUCAACGGCAUGCAGCCUAAGAUUAGCGUCUGGAAUACAGGCGCUGAAGCCGGAUCUUCUGGAGCUGGCGGUCAAGGCCAAGACACCGCCUCAACGAUGAGAAAUGUUUACCAGCUGCUUCCCCCACUCAUGUCGACCAUUCAUGACCAAACAGGCAUCACGCUUCCUGAGUGGCAAUUCGGUAGAAUGCCAGGUAGCGAGUUAGCCAGGCGGGAGCAGAACGAGGGCAAACUUAAUGGGAAGAAGUAAGCUCGGAAAUAUCUACGAUCAUUAGUCAUAUUGCGAGACAGUCAGUCGCUAGCGCAUAUACUUUUCGGAUUUCCUUUGUUAUAUUGAAGAUAGACUUGGUCGGCGGCUACUCCUUUUUAUAUGUAUUUGGCGUAUCUUGUAGUUUUAGCAGUUGAUACCUCUGGAGUCUGAAUAUGGAUGUGAAUUCAAGCGUCUUUUGUUUGAGAAAUUUGGUUUGAUUCGGAGAGUUAGGUUGUUAAAACAAGACUGAAGGGCUUUCUAUAUUCUUUUAGAAUUAACAUCAAGAUAACCUAUAUAAAUUGAAAUCACAUAAGCAGUACG